GCGAAAAUCAAAAUGGAGGGAGAAAACUCCGAGGUUUUAACGCCAAACAUGAUCCCGGUCUCGCCUACAGAAAGCGAAGAGGGUACGUAGCCAAAACCUUAAUAAUUUUAUUGAUGUUAUAUUGAAAGUGAUUUCCUAUCCUAUUGUAGAGCCUGGUGAUGUCCAAAUACGGAACGUUGAAGCCGAUGCAGAGGUAAGCUUACGAUUGUUUAAAAAACUUUGUUGGUACCGUUGGAAAAUGUUGGAAAUUGCAAAAGUUGAAUAAAUUCCCCGAAAGAGGAGGAUUUCCUAAUAUUCUGCACCCGGGGGGGGGGGGGUUACUUUAGGAAUUUCUGGGUGGGGAUGUGCCGCUGGGGCCCUGGAACCCUUAACCUAUACCAGAGCUAGUUCAGCUGAAUUUUGCUAUCCUAUACUAAAGUAAACUCCCCAGAUCCCCCCUAUCCUAGAGCAGCUGUUUUCCAGAAACUACCGAAGUCACCAGCACAGUAGUCUAGCCAAAACAAAACCUUAUACCGCAAUCCCUAGUCUAGAUAAAAUCUUCAGCCAACUGAUCAGUUUCCUGAAAAAUGAUACCCUAUUCUAGACCCAAACGCUCUGAUUUAUAUACCCUAUCCUAGAGUAACUGCUUGAAAACCAUACCCUUCACAGCGACACAUACAAAACACUCAUUUACUUGAAUUGUGCUCGAGUACAAGGGACCUUGUACAUAUAUACUCGGCCACAAGCUAAGUGUCAAUGACAGGUCCCUGUCACACGUUUGUGCACGUUUUCUGUUAGUUUUGAAAGGCAAAUCCAUUGCUUUGGAGGCAUACCCAUAACUCAUUGCUAGUCCAAAAUUGAAACUGCUUGGGCCUUUAUAUAACCAGACAGUUAAUCUGAAGACAGACUCCAGGUCACUUCAACACUCUGUAUUACAGUAUACUAAAAUUAAAAUAUAAUCCUUCUAUUUUAAAGCACAACCAAGGCUAAAAAAAUAUGAACUGCCACAGAAAGUAUGCAAACAGGAUAUUUCUACAAAAACACAUAUUCAGAGCGAUUGAUCGAUCUUUCCCAUUGGACGCAUGCCAUGAAUUAUUUUGCAUCUUUGGGAAUUUUUAUGCAUCAAGGAUGCAGGAUGCAGAGGUAACAAAAUAACUGGGGAAGUCUCUGCCCCAAAGAGGUAUAUUUCCCAGGCUUCAAGCAUAUGAAAGGGUGGGGAUUUCACUUCUUGAUAUAUAUGAAAGGGUAGGAAAAUAUGUCAUUUCAGUUGGUACAAAAGGGCUGACAGAUGCAUUUUAUGGUUGUGAAGAAGUAAAAAAAAAGUUGCGGUUUUGUGAUUUCUUCAUAUCUUAAAACAGUGCAUUUACAGCUAUUUAAAUGUAUACAAAGUUCAAAACUAGGUAUGUGAAAGAGGUACCAUUUGUCAAUAGAAGUUAUAUGAAAGGAGUACCUUUUCUACAAAAAAUUUGGGUAUAAAAAGGUAAGGGGUUAGUCCUCUAGGAGUCUCCACUAGGGCUCAGGCUCUUUGAAUUGUGAACAAUCCUUAGCGCUAUUAUAAAAGUAUUCUGUUCUUGAGCAACUGCAAUUUCUCUAAAUGUUUUAUUUAGGAAGUUGACCUUACCCAUGCAAAGAUCCAGAAACUAGACAACUUAGAACGAUUGACUUGUGUCAAGGUAUGUUAUUAUUUAUUAUUUUUUAGCGGUUAAUUAAGAAAUUUGUGUUAAUUUUAAACAAACAGUGCAUUUAAUAUUGGAUUGAUUGCAUGGCUUUAUUUUCCUGUUGCCUUUUUGGUUUUUAUGUAGCCAUUUCUGUUUUAAUCUUUAGUCCCUUUGCCUUCGGAGAAAUAACGUCUCUAAACUGGAAGGACUGAGCACAUUAACAACAUUGGAAGAGCUGGACCUGUAUGAUAAUCAGAUCAACGUGAUAGAGGGCCUGGCAAAUUUGACCAAUCUUACGUAAGAAAAUUUUUUCGAGAAAAAGUACUAUAAUUUAAACAAUGUAUGUUAUGAGGAUCUAAGUAAUCCAAUCAAAUCUCUCUGUAAUGGCCAUCAGUGCUUGGCGACAGACUCAGGGAUGUAGCUAAGGAAAAGCUACAUGAGUAAGCUAACUUUUUUACUGGUCAAGCUGGCUGUUUUACUCAACUCCACUUUGAAAAUUCCCUGAUAUCAUUCUUUUCCAGAGCAAUCUAAGGCAGUGGUAAGCUCUUUUUCAGCUGGUAAAAUUAGCCGGCUGCCGGCCUUUAGCAAUAUCCUUGCAGACUGAAGCAAGAAUUGUUUGUUAGUUGCUGAGGAUCAACUGAACUCCCAAGGGACGGCUCUUAUUUCCUGGGUUGUUUUGUUGUCAAAUGCCAAUUAUUUAUAAAUCAGUUUAAUGCAGUGGACUAGAAUUGAAGGAAAUGAAAGUUGGGUUGAGUUGAGAGUGCAAAGUAAAUGACUCUUCAGUUGUCAAAUGAAUAUAAUGUUGGUCUAACCAAAUCAUGCAGAACGGUUUCACCUCAUGAAACUUUAUUAUAGUCUUGAUGAACUUGAGCUUUAUCAGCUGAAAAUAAUGAAAGUUAUAACACGUUAUAUCUAGACAAGGGAGCAAAUAAAGUUUGUUUGACCAUUUCCAAUCAUUGUAUCUAAUAUCAAAACCUAUAAAGGAUAUGAAUUUGUAUUUUUUUUAAGGAGUUUGGAUUUGUCAUUCAAUCUAAUCAAAGUAAUAGAAAACUUGGGAUGCCUGACAAAAAUCAAAAAGCUUUACCUUGUUCAAAACAAGGUCUCCAAGAUAGAGGGCCUUCAGAAUCUUUCACAGCUUGAGAUGUUGGAACUUGGUGCAAACAAAAUUAGGGUGAGUACAAAGUUAGUUGUGAUUCAGUCGGCUUGACAGUAGCUGUAUAAACCUUUCGAGAAGAAAUUGAAACUUGAAUGUAAUCAAAAUCAAAACGUUUAUGUCUUUUUAAGGUUCUGGAAGGAUUUGAAGGUCUAACCCAACUACACAGCUUAUUUGUGGGGAAAAACAAGAUUACAAAACUUGAUGUAAGUGUUUACUAGUUAAGAGUAAGUAUGAAUCAAAACACUUUUUUGAAAGUUUUUGUCUUUGUCAAGGUUAGACCCCCCCCGCCCCCUAAAAAAAACAUUUUAUUUGGAUUUUAAUGUAGUGAGCAUUUCUGUUGCCUUUUUUUGUUGCUAGAAUCUCAGUUGUCUUACCAAUCUGAAGUUACUCAGUAUUCAGGUGAGUAAAAACUUCAGUUUUUGUUGUUGUCUAACAAACAUUAGUAAAAUCCAACUAGUGGUCUAUUAUCAACGCUGUGUUCUGAUUGGUUGAGCUGAUACUAGGCUAUAAGUUGUAGCCCACUAGUAGCGAAAAGUGCCGGCUUUUUGGCAGCAAAAAAGGAUUAAAGUCUAGCUUUAACUAGCUAAGGUUGUUUUGUCUCGAUAUUAUUGACCAAAUAGUUGGAUUUUACUAAAACAAUAAUUAUUCCUCUCGCCCUCAUGGCCUCUGAGUCAAUAGCCCAUGAGGCCGAAGGCCAAAUGGGCUAUUGACUCAGAGCUCAUUUGGUCUCGAGGAAUAACUGUUAAUUACAUGUACCUAAUAUGAAUCUCAAUUUGGUUAUACAGUCGAUCCUUUCCUCUACGGCCAAAUUAGGGACGGAAUAAAGUGGCUGUUAUGGAGAGAUGGGGGUGUAAUAUGACAUAUUUUUUUGAGGGAGUGCAAUGAGUUUAUCUUGCUAAGUUCAUGCCUACUGUAUCCCAUAAUGGUAAUCCAAUCAUAAAAAUGAUCUGUAGCGCUAAAAUACACAAAAAAAAACUUACAUAUUUUUUUGAAUCAAAACGUCAACAUGACCAAAUGCGAGCAAGGCUCGCAACAUUUGCUAUAAAUAUUGUCGACAGUAGACAACCUAUGCUUACUCCAGCAGUAUUAUAUGGAACACAAUUAAAACGAUUGCCGCAAUCAUCAAUGCUCCAUAUGGGUCAAAUUUCAUGUCCAUUCCUGACUUCAUGUGUUAGUCGCUGAAAAACUGGCUGUUUUUGAGAGGUUAUUUUGGCAGUUGGGGAUGCGCUGUAGUGGCGCUUGCCAAUGUAGAGAGGGUUAAACUAGAGUCAAUGUAUGGACUGUGAGAGGUGGCUAUUGUGGAGAGGUGGCCGCCAUUCGUGAAGGUUGACUAUAUUUAAAUUCUUCCUUUGAGGAAAUGGUUGCACUCACUGUAAGGAAGCCCUCAAAGUCUAUAUUACGUGUCGAGUGUUUUUUUUUUUCUUUUUCAAAUCAAACGGAUUGUUUUGCAGAAAUGUGGGAAGCAGUGACUUACAUUAGUAGCUAAUAAAAGUUAGUGAAGUCCUAGUUUUAUUUUCAUUCCAGAGCAAUCGUAUUGUCAAGCUGGAAGGUUUAGAUGGUUUAGUUAAACUAGAAGAACUCUACAUUAGCGACAAUGGCAUUGAAGAAAUCGAAGGCCUUGACAACUUGGUAAGUAAAGACUUUUAAUAGGAGAGUGAUAACGGUCAUCAGAAAACAAAGUGGUCAAAAUACUGAAAUUCUUGUAAGAAAAGGUUUCCUGAAAAUUUCUGAAUAAAGAAAAAACAAACCCCCAGAAUAACAUUACGCCUAUUACAGUACGCCCUACCCCAUGCUCGCGAACUCUCGACCGAACACAUCAGGGUAGCUAACAGUUUUGUAUGAGACGAAAAAGCCACCUAAAAAUUUUUGGCGACUGAAGUUCCCCUAAGACAUCCGAAAGAUAAAAAGUUUUUAGGGCAGCUCCAAAUUAACCAAACAGGCUUCUAAAGCACAGAGUAAACCCUGUGACACACUUCUGACAUAUGUGGAAACAUUCGGUCGUUGGGUGCCGCUGUUUCAUCCCCUGCCGUCUGGUCCACUCUUACGUUGAUCUUCAUCAUAACGUUAGCUUUGUACAAAAGUUGAUAAACUUUGUAUACGUACCGGGUAACCGGCAUCAGUAUUUUGUCUGGAAUAUUCAAAUGCCCGGUAGAAUUCCUGGAGAAGCCUGAAGUGUGGGGUUGCGGUACUUUCCAGAGUUACUUUUCGCACGGUUCCCCCUCCCACUCCUCUCUAGAGAGCUCCUUCAGUGCCAAACUGGAGAGGUAAAAGAGUUCAGGGUUCACAGGUACAGAAAAUUCCUUUGAAGGAUAAGUUUCUUGUCUUUUUUGGCACAUUUGAUCUUGAUGCUACAGAGCAUUGUUUUCUACUCUGUGUACACAGAUCAACCUCAAAACACUGGAUUUAGCAUCUAAUAGGAUAAAAAGAAUCAGGAAUGUCUCUCAGCUUGUCAACUUGGAAGAAUUUUGGGUGAGUACAAUCCGUCGUAUGAAAUAAUAAUAUCAGGCAGAAGAGCUUAACUAUUUUACAGUGUUGUAUUUAUUCAUAAUGCGUGGAAAAUGUUGUGUAGAAGCUUGUGUCUUUAUUCUUUCCAUUUAUGCUGUAUAUGUUUUCGCUGACUUCUUUUCCAUCGCUCUACGAAGUAUAUUUGGCAUGCGGCUCUGCUGAAAAAGCUUAUGUCAAAAACUACUAAUUCAUCUGUCUGUUGCGUCAUUUUUAAAUAACUAAUUGGCUCUUUUUUUACUGUGUUACUGAGAUGAAUAUACUGGCUAUUGCGAACUGAGGUGUCUUCUGAGACUCGGAUGGUCUAUUGAGAGCCAAACGCUUGAAUUAUAAAGUAACACCUACUGGCGUUUAUUUAUCUCUUCAGUUCAACGAUAAUCAACUCGAUUCCUGGGAAGAUUUGGACCAGUUUAAGACCUGCACCAAGCUACAAACAGUCUAUCUGGAGAGGAAUCCAAUAUGGAAAGACACGGCGUACAGGCGGAAAGUUAAACUUUAUCUGCCAAAUGUUACACAGAUAGAUGCCACAUUAUGUGGCUAAAAAAUCUCUAGCCCCAUUAAUUAUGACGGGCCAUCCUGGAUCUCACGUAAGUCGCGACGAGGGUUUCCGGUCGUUUUGAAACAAAGUCGUUUCGAUACAAGUUUAUUCAGUCGAGGUGUAAAUAGUUUGACGAACUGGGCUUAACGAAAGAAGAAUAUUCCAUCCCAAAUUUUUUUUGUUCACGCGCAAACUAUACUUGAAGUGGUCAAAAUUUGUUUGCAAUUUCACUUCUUGAGUUCGUAUCGAAAAGACGAGCGAAAAGACAGCAAAUGCGAAACGAAGAAUGCUUCCGUUUUGGAUACCUCUUCCUCUUCGAGACUUACUGAAAACGUGGAAAAAAGUACUUAUGGUGAUAUAUAUUUGAGCAUUCUCAGUCAGAGAGGAAAAUGUAUCAUAAACGGUUUUUUUUAUUUCUCUACUGAAUGUCGUUAAACUUUGUUAGUAACAGAGCGUCGACCAACACUGGGUUUUUUUGUAACCUGUCUUUAAAAUUGCAUAUAGAGACUAACGUAAAACUUUUAUGUUGGAAGUUGCUUGUGGUUUUGUUGUUUUAUGGUCCUUAGAGCGUGGAAAAAAGUCGAUACUUCAAAUCGAUGUAAGCAUGCAGCAAGGUUUUACCGUAAACUUACAGUAGCGUCUUUGUGAAUUUGUUGAUUGAAGUGGCUGUUGUUGGCAAUAGUAAUUACUGAUAAGUUUUUCCAGGACUUGCACGCUCGAUUCUUAAAACUCUGUUGUUCCUCAGUGUUGGGUCAGUCCUUUACUUCCAUAAAAAGGAACCUAGGAACCGGACACGAAGCUAUAGCUUGUGGAGGAGAUCUGUAUCGUCAUCAUCAUUAUCCGAAUCAUCACCAUUAUUAUUAUGAUCAUUAUUAUUAUAAAUAUUAUUGUUCAUAUUAUUACUAUCUUUAUUACAGUUGAACCGCCAUUAAGCGGCCACCCUCGGGGUACCGGCAAGUGGCCGCUCAAUAGAUGAUAGUCAUAAAUUAGCAUAAUCUUUAGCGGAAACAUCACUAUAUUUUAAAACAAACAGGCAACGGCAGAAACGUUACUGGUCCACAAUCGGUCGUCACCUUCUAUCUCGGACUGAAUUAUUUUUCCUUCAUCAUAUUUUUGAAAUAAAGCCAAACUAAGUGUAUAAAGUGCUUGAUGGCCCCUUAAGAGAGGCGACAAGAGUGGGAAAACUCGUUGGGAAGGCCAAAAUUAUUUCCGGACUUUGGUAACCGGCCUCUUAAUAGAGGGUGACCGUUUAAUAGGUUGCUGCUCAGUGGAGGUUCA